CCCGGACCCUCCAGCUCCUCUCACCGGCUGCUCAACUCCCCGCCCCGAGCGAUCGCUCCGCACCGAUAGAGGAGACAUCCGACCAGAGUCCAAAGCUCUUUCGAGCAAAAUCACGAUGUCCGGAAAUAAAAAGCAGCGAACGAACCUGCAGCGGUCGACCAACGUGGUGUACCAGGACCACCAUGUGAGCCGCAGCAAGAGAGGCCAGGUGGUGGGCACCAAGGGAGGCUUCCGGGGCUGCACUGUCUGGCUAACAGGCCUCUCCGGUGCCGGUAAAACCACCGUGGGCUUUGCUCUUGAGGAGUAUCUGGUGUCGCACGGCAUUCCCUGCUACUCGCUGGACGGGGACAACAUCCGGCACGGUCUGAACAAGAACCUGGGCUUCACUGCCGAGGACCGCGAGGAGAACAUCCGGCGCAUCGCCGAGGUGGCCAAGCUCUUCGCCGACGCCGGCCUAGUCUGCAUCACCAGCUUCAUCUCGCCCUUCACCAAGGACCGUGAUUUGGCGCGCACCCUCCAUGAGAAGGCCGGCCUGCCCUUCUUCGAGGUGUAUAUCGACGCCCCUCUGGAGGUGUGUGAGAGUCGUGACGUGAAGGGCCUCUACAAAAAGGCACGUGCUGGGGAAAUCAAAGGCUUCACUGGCAUCGAUUCAGACUAUGAACGGCCCAAUGCUCCAGAGCUGGUCCUGAAGACGGGACAGAUCACCGUUAACGAGUGCAUUCAACAGCUGGUGGACCUCCUGAAAGAACAGAGCAUCGUUCCGACGGGCGUGGUGGAGGAAGUGACUGAACUGUUUGUGCCAGAGAACAUGCUGGACAUGGCCAAGGCUGAUGCUGCCAUCCUGCCCACCAUCACCAUCAACAAGCUGGAUGUGCAGUGGGUUCAGGUGCUGUCGGAGGGCUGGGCCAGCCCACUGAAGGGCUUCAUGCGAGAGCGGGAAUACCUGCAGACCCUGCACUUCAACAACCUGCUGGAUGGCGGGUCCAUCAACAUGUCCAUCCCCAUCGUGCUGCCCGUAUCCACGGAGACCAAGGAGCAGCUGGACGGCUCUGCGGCCGUGGCUCUGGAGUUCCAGGGGGUGCGCGUGGCCAUCUUGAGGAACCCCGAGUUCUUCCCACACCGCAAGGAGGAGCGCUGCGCCCGGCAGUGGGGAACCUCCUGCCCCAAACACCCCUACAUCAAGAUGGUUUUGGAGGGCGGUGAUUGGCUGGUGGGUGGUGACUUGGAGGUGUUUGAGCGAAUCAGAUGGGGAGAUGGCCUUGACCAGUACAGGCUGACCCCAAAGGAACUGAAGCAGAGGUUCAAGGAGAUGAAAGCAGAUGCGAUCUUUGCGUUCCAGCUGCGAAACCCGGUACACAACGGCCAUGCCCUAUUGAUGAAGGACACACAGCGUCAGCUGGAGGGGCGUGGCUACCGGAGGCCUGUGCUGCUGCUCCACCCUCUGGGGGGCUGGACCAAGGAUGACGACGUGCCGCUGCCCUGGCGCAUGAGGCAGCACGCGGCCGUGCUGGAGGAGGGAGUGCUGGACCCCGCCUCCACCAUCGUCGCCAUCUUCCCCUCCCCCAUGAUGUACGCCGGACCCACCGAGGUGCAGUGGCAUUGCCGUGCCAGGAUGGUGGCGGGUGCCAACUUCUACAUCGUGGGCAGAGACCCGGCGGGCAUGCCGCACCCGGAGUCGGGACAGGACCUGUACGAGCCCACCCACGGGGGCAAGGUGCUCUCCAUGGCACCUGGACUCACCUCUGUGGAGAUCAUCCCCUUCAGAGUGGCGGCCUACAACAAGGCCAAGAAGGCCAUGGACUUCUACGAUAAAGAAAGACAUGCCGAGUUUGACUUUAUCUCUGGGACUCGGAUGAGGAAGCUAGCUCGGAGCGGAGAGAACCCACCUGACGGGUUCAUGGCACCCAAGGCAUGGAAGGUGCUGACGGAGUACUAUGGCUCACUACAGAAGGAUCAGUAGCUUAAGCGCAUCCCCCCACCACCAGCUACACGACCCAGGAAGCCCAAACAACAACUCAGAGCCAUAGCCCAAAACCCUGUUUCUCAAAAGCAUAGCUGCUAACCACUCAGCAACUUAGUUGGUUGCCAAUGGAAAAUUGCAUUUCAACCGAAUAAGUUGCUAACUUAGUUAGCAGGGAAGCUGUCGAGAAAUGCACCCCUGUGUCACUACAAUGGGACCCUACAGAGGAAAUGGUGGUUUAGCACUAGUACCUCCGUCAGCAGAGGCAAACAAACUGGAUUAGGGAUGCAAAGGUUCUGCCAUGUAUUUCUUCGGCCUGGUGCUCUCAACACCGGUGAUUUCACCAAUUAACCCCUUAGCGCAGAGCCUCUGUUAUUACUUAACUGUCUCCAAAAUGGUUUUGGCCCCGUCUUAAUCGGUUACGUAAGACAAUCUACAUUGUCAUAGCUAUGUUGUUAUGAUGUAGUUGAUUGUUGAUUGUCAGCAUAGAGUGAAUAGGCCUAUUGACGGGCCCAUUUACAGUAAGAGGCCACCUGAUAUAUUUAGGGAUGGGGUGAUUCAAAGAAUUGGCAGGAACAAAUUAUAUGGCAGGAGCUUUGCUGUCUGAAUCUAGGCUGUCUGCCUCUCACCACAACCCAGCAAACCCACACGACAAGUCACUUAGCUCACCACUGCACUUAAAUACACUACCUAAAUGACGGAGUCCACAGACCACUGAGGAUCCCACAAGAGCAGACACUGCACAAGCCCUGUUGCAAUCUGUUACUACAAAGCAAAACAUAGAUCCUACACAGUACGGUAUGGGCAAGCACAAUACUCCAUGAACCCAUGUAGUGCCACCAGCAUAACUUAUAAGUGUAAAUAACUUAAUGGCCUUUUUCAAAUGAUUUAGUUAUUGUUAUCAGAGUAUAUACAGUAUGUAAUUACGUGACCUGAUGUGGCAUGUCAUGUACGAUUACUUUGAUUGAUAAUGCAUGCACACUGUCGACUGGAGUCCAAAAUGUGAAAAGAUGCACAGCAACUUAAUGCACCUAAUGGUCUAAACCCCAGUCUUUCGGGCACUGCUAACUGCCCAAAAUUUUAGAAAUUAGUUUUUUAAAGAUAUUUAUUGACUGACCUUUCAGUUUGCAAUUUAACUGCAUCCUAAGUGCCUUCAGUCAAAGUCCCUAUUAAGGCUCCGUCACAAAUUUUUUUUCGAAGAGUUGGACCAAUUUUAGGUAUUUGUAACUUAAAUUUUACAGCUUAUUAUUUGCGUUAUUGCGGCUUAUUAGUUACACACUAUUAUAGCCCAAAUAGGCUAGUAAGGGAGGGAAAAAAGUUGGGAAAUGGUGUGUAUGUACAUGUAAUGACAUAGACUUCCGUGGUGGAACAAGUGCACAUGGGGCCCCAGGGUAAAACCUUUGAAAGCACCCCCCUACAGUCUGCCAAGGUCAUAAUAGGGCCCCCAACAUCAAUAUAGGAGGGCCCUGUUCCCUGGAGCAAAUGCCCUACUUACCCAACCCUAUAGCUCCACCCCUGCUAGGCUUUUAAGAACAUUGAAGGGACAGAUAUGAUUGGCUACCUCAUUUAAUUUGGCUCUGUUUCGAGUGAAAGCUGAUUGAUUACAUGUAUAAGUACACCAGUAGGCUAUAGUAGCAUUGCCAGUUGGUUGAUUGUGCUGAAUCCCAGUUGGUACUUAAUGGGCCGCUGACAUAAUGACUGUAAAAUACUGUGUUAUAACACAGCAAUUGCCUUAUUGAUCUUUAAUUUUUCUCGCAUCUCAACAACCCUUCAGCCAGGUCUAUGUGUGCCAAUAUACAUUCCAUUUUGUAAUAUGUAUGCGUCCACCUCAUCUACACACUGUAACCGUUAACUUAGCAACUUAAAGGCUGUGAAUAUCUAAAUAUUUCAAGAGAAUUAUAUAAGAUUUUUUUAAAUGCCAGAAGAGAUUUACAAUCAUGACCUUGUAUACCCUUGUUAAUAUUUAUCUUUUUAUAGAAAGAAUACAACAUAGUACUCUUUUUUUACAUUGUAUACUCGAGAUUUGCAGAGGGAUCAUUACAUGAAGUUAAACAUCUAUAUACGUAUUUAUCUGAGAAUUUAAUUAGACUUUGAAGUUGUUUCAUUACUAAAGGAUAUGUAUCACAAUUUCAGAGACACAAAAUACAUCAGUGGCUAUACAGUCUAUGUACAUGAUUCUACGUGGAUCAUCAGGAAUAUUUAAACUGGAAUCAAUUUGUUCAAGACAUACUCAACAAUUCUGUAUUUAUUUUAUUGUUUUGUUUUAAAUUUUUGGACCAAACGAGAAAUAAAACUAUGUGUCUC